AUGGGGGAUCCCUCUCAGGACACAGAGGCGGCAGUGAGUAGUGGUGGACGAGUGACCAGAGGGGCUGCUCGUGCACAGGCGGCUGCCAAUAUGGUCUCUCCUCCGGCCUCGACGACACCUCCAAGCAUGCCAGCAAAGAAGACCAUCUUCUAUUCGGAUAAUCUGGGCAGUCGAUCACGAGCAGAAGAAGGAUCGGAGCCUGUGGAUGCAACGGCGCUUGACAAGGCCUUGAAAGGUCUUGAUGAGGCAGGGCGCCAGCGUGAGAGGACACCUGGGAUGAGCCCUUGUCGAAAGCGACAGCGGGUCUAUGGCGAUCGAUUCAUUCCAAACCGUGAUGGACAGGAUUUGCAAGCAACUUACAGUCUGUUGCAUGAGGAUGGUUGUCCGUCGACUCCGUCCAAGUCGAAGCGGCGCGCUCCGCAUUCUGAAUUGCAUUUCCAAAAGAUUGAAGAGGCCAAUCGCACAUUCUCCCGAGUCCUGCGCAGUGAACUUUUCGGCAAUACCGUCCCCCAACCCGAUCUCACCUCUCUUCCAUCGGACCCGUUGCUAGGCUUCAGCGACAAGACUCGCUCUCACACACCUCCAGUUAUCGGUAACCUUCUAACAACUGGCAUGACCCCCUCAACUCCGCACAAAAACCUCUUCAACUAUGGCCCGACCCGCCCAGGAUCUAAGCUGUACAGCACCUCUCCCAUUCGAUAUGAGAGCCAGCGCAUUCUGGAAACCCCGCGAAAGCAGCCCCGAUACAUCAACAAAGUUCCGUUCAAGGUCCUGGAUGCUCCCGAUCUACAGGACGAUUUCUAUCUGAACCUGGUUGAUUGGGGCAGCACCAAUGUGCUGGGUGUCGGGUUGGCCAACUCGGUCUACAUGUGGAACUCUCAGUCGAGCCGAGUGACUAAGCUUUGUGAGUUGAAGGAUGAUACUGUGACCAGCGUGAGCUGGAUCCAGCGAGGUACUCAUCUGGCAAUCGGUACCGGCAAGGGUCUGGUACAGAUCUGGGAUGCAGAACAUUGUCGACGACUGCGGACCAUGGUGGGCCACACCAAUCGUGUCGGCGCUUUGGCCUGGAACGACCACAUUCUUACAUCCGGUUCCCGAGACCGCCUUAUCUACCACCGUGAUGUUCGAUCUCCUGACCAGUACAUUCGGCGGCUAUCUGGCCACAAGCAAGAAGUUUGUGGGUUGAAAUGGAAUACUGAAGACGGUCAACUGGCCUCGGGCGGUAACGAUAACAAACUCAUUGUGUGGGACAAGCUGAACGAAGCUCCUCUCUAUCGCUUCUCUGACCACUGUGCCGCCGUCAAGGCUAUUGCAUGGUCCCCUCACCAACACCAUCUGCUCGCUUCGGGUGGUGGUACUGCGGACCGCACGAUCAAAUUUUGGAAUACCUCCACCGGCUCACUGAUCAAGGAGGUAGACACUGGCAGCCAGGUCUGCAACCUUUCCUGGUCCAAGAAUUCCGAUGAGAUCAUUAGCACCCAUGGCUACAGCCAGAAUCAGAUCGUCAUCUGGAAGUACCCGCGCAUGGAGCAGGUUGUUUCCUUGACUGGUCACACAUUCCGUGUUCUGUACCUCGCCAUGAGCCCCGACGGCCAGACCGUUGUGACUGGUGCCGGCGACGAAACCCUUCGUUUCUGGAAAAUCUAUGACAAGCGGGCUAACCGAGACUCGCGUCGAGAGGGUAGCAAGUUGUCGGAAUGGGGCACCAUCCGUUAA